UUUCGCGCUUAAACCAUACCGGUAGUAGUGCCAUCUGGAAUGUUACUAUUAUGACAGGCCAUUCCGGUAAAAUUUCUUUUGAAUUGUCAGUGGUGCAAGUGAAAACAUAAAAUGACUUGCAAAAGAAGGAAUGGCGGUCGUGCUAAGCACGGAAGAGGACACGUACAACCAGUACGCUGUACCAACUGUGCUAGAUGUGUCCCUAAGGAUAAAGCCAUCAAAAAGUUCGUGAUUAGAAAUAUCGUCGAAGCCGCAGCUGUUAGAGAUAUUUCCGACGCGUCCGUGUACCCACAAUACGUUCUCCCCAAGUUAUACGCAAAGUUGCACUAUUGCGUAUCCUGUGCUAUCCAUAGCAAAGUAGUGCGUAACAGGAGCAAAAAGGAUAGGAGAAUCAGGACUCCACCACAAAGGAACUAUCCUGGACGUGACAACAACAGAGCCCAAGCCGCUCAAAGAAAGUAGUUAUUAUACUUUUAUUUUAAGUAAAAUUUUCCAAUAAAUGUGGAUAUAAAGUAAGGUUUUUUAUUGAAACUAUUUGUUUCUUAAUCUAAAAUAAAACAAAAGUAUUGUUU